AUGAUGAACGCCCUCAAGGGGCGGGUAUCCUCCGACCUCGACGAUUUAGUGAACAGGACCGACUCACCAUUCACUGCGUCCGUCAACUCAUCCCCCCUGCCACCGAAGUUCCGAAUGCCUCAGAUCGAAAGUUACGACGGGGUCAAGGACCCCCUCGAUCAUCUAGAGACUUUCAAGACCCUGAUGCACCUUCAGGGGGUACCUGACGAGAUCAUGUGCAAGGUGUUCCCGACCACACUGAAGGGACCUGCGAGGGUUUGGUUCAGUAGACUGACACCGAACUCCAUCAAUACUUUCAAGGAGUUGAGCGCCCAGUUCACCUCCCACUUCAUUGGCGGUCAUCGGUACAAGAGGUCCACCGCGUGCCUGAUGAGCAUCAAGCAGCGAGAAGACGAGACGUUGCGAGCCUACAUAACCCGUUUCAACAAAGAAGCCCUUUCGAUCGACGAAGCGGAUGAUAAGAUACUCGUAGCUUCGUUUACAAGCGGGCUGCGGAAGGGGAAGUUCUUGUUUUCCUUAUACAAGAACGACCCGAAGACCAUGGCGGAUGUACUCUACAGGGCUACCAAGUAUAUGAAUGCAGAAGACGCACUGUUGGCCCGCGAAGAGAAACCUAAGAAGAGGGAGAGGCAGGAGGAUAUGCGACAAGAUAGGGGGAGAAAGGUCGCUAGAACCGGGGAUCAGCGUGAUGAAAGGCGCUUCAAACCCCCCACAGGAAGAUUCACCAAUUUCACCCCAUUAACCGCCCCAAUUGACUAG